GCCAUGGCCAUCUACAUCGGGAUGCUGCGCCUCGCAAGGCUGUGCGCCAGGAGCCCCGGGGUGCUGGGGACCCGCGCCGUCCUCGCCCGGGGUUGGCAGGAAACGAGAUUGCAGGGCGUCCGCCCCCUCAGAAUUUCCAGGAGGCUACUGUCUCGUUUGAAAUCCACGGUGAAUGAAUAGAAACCCAGGUUCCAAACAAAAUAAGACCCCUGGUCACUGGGAGAAUAAGAGGAAGCCUGUUGUCAGGCUCUGUUGACAACAAAACCAUUAAGGUGGCUGAGAUUGGCCCUUUGCUGCCUCCUGAUUGUGAUGCUGGGCUACGGGAGGCCGCCUGCCAGGUCUUCGAGGGCGCUGGUCAUCCACCGAAUGUGAAAAAUGUUCUCUCCACAUGCUUGUUCUUGCAACCAUCACUUUGGCAAACCCCAAGAAAAAGAGCGUGCUUGUUUCCCAGUGGGCAACAAUGAACGCCCUCGACUGCAUGCCUGUGAGUUCCAGAGAGGCGGAUAACACCGUCCCCCUGCCCAUUGGCGGCCUCAGCUACGUCCAGGGCCUCACAAAACAUAGUCUUAUCCACAAGACCGUGGGGCAAUGCCUGGAAGGCACAGCACAGAGGGUCCCCGACAGAGAGGCCUUGGUCGUCCCCCAGGAAAACAUCCGGUUGACAUUUGCCCAGCUCAAGGAGGAGGUGGACAAAGCUGCUUCUGGGCUCCUGAGUAUCGGUCUCGGCAAGGGCGACCGGCUGGGCAUGUGGGGCCCCAACUCCUACGCGUGGGUGCUCAUGCAGCUCGCCACCGCUCAGGCGGGCAUCAUUCUGGUGUCCGUGAACCCCGCCUAUCAGGCUAUGGAGCUGGAGUAUGCCCUCAAGAAGGUGGGCUGCAAGGCCCUGGUUUUCCCCAAGCAAUUUAAGAGCCAGCAGUACUACAACAUUUUGAAGCAGAUCUGUCCAGAGCUGGAGAAGGCCCAGCCAGGGGCCUUGAAGAGUCAGAGGCUCCCAGACCUGACCACGCUUAUCUCAGUGGACCACCCGCUGCCGGGGACCCUGCUCCUGGAUGAGGUGGUGGCCACCGGAAGCAAAAAGCAGCAUCUGGCCCAGCUCCGGUACACCCAGCAGUUCCUGUCCUGCCAUGACCCCGUCAACAUCCAGUUCACCUCGGGGACCACAGGCAACCCCAAGGGGGCCACCCUCUCCCACUACAACAUUGUCAACAACUCCAACCUGAUAGGGGAUCGGCUGAGGUUGCGCCUGAAGAUGCCGGAGGAGUUGCGGAUGGUCCUGCCCAGCCCCUUGUACCACUGCCUGGGCUCUGUAGCGGGCACGAUGGUGUGCUUGAUAUAUGGUGCCACCCUCAUUCUGGCUUCUCCGACCUUUGAUGGCAAGAAGGCUCUGGAGGCCAUCAGCAAAGAGAGAGGCUCCUUCGUGUAUGGCACCCCCACAAUGUUCGUGGACAUUCUGAACCAGCCAGACUUCUCCAGUUAUGACAUCUCGGCCAUGCGUGGAGGUGUGAUUGCUGGGUCCCCUGCACCCCCAGAGCUGAUCCGAGCCAUCAUUGACAAACUGAACAUGAAGGAGCUGGUGGUGGCUUACGGAACCACUGAGAACAGUCCCGUGACCUUCAUGAACUUCGCCGAGGACACCGUGGAGCAGAAGGCAGAAAGCGUGGGCAGAAUUAUGCCUCACACGGAGGCCCAGAUCGUGAACGUGAAGACGGGGACGCUGGCCGAGCUGAACACGCCCGGGCAUCUGUGCAUCCGAGGGUACUGCGUCAUGCUGGGCUACUGGGGUGAGCCCCAGAAGACAGAGGAGACGAUUGGACAGGACAAGUGGUACCGGACAGGAGACAUCGCCGUGAUGGACAAUCAGGGCUUCUGCAAGAUCGUGGGCCGCUCCAAGGAUAUGAUCAUCCGGGGCGGCGAGAACAUCUACCCCGCGGAGCUCGAGGACUUCUUUCACACACACCCGCAGGUGCAGGAAGUGCAGGUGGUCGGAGUGAAGGAUAACCGGAUGGGGGAAGAGAUCUGUGCCUGCAUUCGCCUGAAGAAGGGGGAGAAGACUACGGAGGAGGAGAUCAAGGCUUUCUGCAAAGGGAAGAUCUCCCACUUCAAGAUUCCCCGAUAUGUCGUGUUUGUCACAAACUACCCCCUCACCGUCUCAGGAAAGAUCCAGAAAUUCAAACUUCGAGAGCAGAUGGAACAACAUCUAAACCUGUGAAUAGGGGAUUGGGGGGGGGUCCUCCCAGGCCCUCCCCACCCUUCCCCCACAUUCCCGUCUGUCUUUGUGAUUUGGCAUAAAGAGCUUCUCUGUUUUC